CAAAAGGAGAGGAAAAAUCAACUUCCAGUUGAAGAGGAAAUUGGAAAAAGACGUUGGAAGUGGAUCGGACAUACAUUACGGAAAUCACCAAACUGCAUCACGAGACAAGCCCUAAAUUUUAAUCCAGAAGGGAAGCAGAAAAGAGGAAGGCCAAAGAACACAUUACGCCGGGAAAUAGAAACAGAUAUGAAAAGAAUGAAUAGCAACUGGAAAGAACUGGAAAGGAAGUCCCAGGACAGAGUUGGAUGGAGAAUGCUAGUGAGGGACAUAUGCUCCUCGACGACGGGUAACAGGCGUAUUAUUAAAAGUCGCACUGCGGAAUGCUUACAUUGAACUACAUUGAAUGCAGAAGUUAUUUUUAGUGAUAUGUAAUUAUAUGUAUAUAUAAAGUUAUUCGUUGGUUAUUUCUUAUUACUAUCCCAUGUUUUUUUGUUAAUUUUAUGAAUACUAAUUUAUUCAAUGAACAGUGAAAACGUUAGAUUUUUUUUCGAACAUAUAAUAUGAAUGCUUAAAACCUCAAUCAGUUUAAUCUACAAAUAACAUUAAUCCCUCAUCAAAGAAAAAAAUCAAUUUUAAUUAGACAUAUCAUUUUAUUUGAUUGUUUUUGUUCAUAGUAAAGAAAUGUGACACUUUCGAUCCUUUUAUUUUGUCUUUUCUUAACUACUAUAUCAAUGUAAACAAACGACAAUAAAGAGAUUUGAAAAGAUAAUUUUAACUGUUUAUGAAAAAUGUUUUUUUUGUCUGGUCUUUUA